CAAGGGACUAUUUCGCGAUGGCGCAGAGAGCGGAAAGCGGAAGAGUGUCAUAUCGUAAUGCGCAGACGAAUUGACGCACGGCGAUUGUUGUGACAGAAGUGUAGAAGAGUAUCGUAUCGUCAUCUUUCCAGUUCGGAAUCAGCAAAAUCCGUGUAAAUUGAUUGAAAGGAAAACAAUCACCAAGACUACAAAAAGAGAAUAAUUCCGUUAAAAUCGCGUUGCUCGUGCAAUCGCGCGAGAACAAUGAAGUUUAUGUACAAGGAAGGGCAUCCCUUUGAAAAAAGGAAGGCCGAGGGUGAAAAGAUACGACGAAAAUAUCCCGAUAGAGUUCCUGUAAUUGUCGAGAAAGCACCAAAGGCUAAAAUUAGUGAUUUGGACAAACAAAAAUAUCUAGUACCAUCUGAAUUAACUGUUGGUCAAUUUUACUUUUUAAUCCGUAAACGAAUCCAUCUUCGCUCAGAAGAUGCCCUGUUCUUCUUUAUUAACAACAUCAUUCCCCCGACAAGUGCCACUAUGGGUUCACUCUAUGCGGAACACCACGAAGAAGAUUUCUUCAUGUACGUAGCAUACAGCGAUGAGAAUGUGUAUGGACAUUAAAUUACAACAAAGAAGAUAACAACAAAAUAAAAGAGCAGACAACAAAAAUUUGCCACCUGUAAUGUAGUCCUUUUAGAAGCUUUUGGAAGUGUUAACAAAAUUAUAUCUUUCAAUCUUUUGAGUGAAACUUCAAAUCCUAGCACCGCACACAAAACUAAAUUUGCUUCCUUGAGAUAAAUUGGAUAUGUUCGUCUGCCAACUAUACAAGUAUCUUACUUUUUGAUUCCAUUAUUCUCUGCUGGCUGAGGAAGCUUAGGAUAAUAGGGUGUAAGAAGGACUAAUCAGAGCUGAGUUACACGAUACUGUGUCGAUAUUUAGCCUGAUACAAAAAAAAAUUGGAAUACUGAAAGAAGGGAAGCAAUUCCUUAUAUUGCGAAGAGUGACUAACUUUACUAUAGCUAAAUCUAUUAUUUCCAUGCAUUAAUGAUUCUAUUAAAAUUAUUUGUAUUGCAAAUUGAUAAAUUCGUGAUUCUAUGUAGACGUUUUAUGUGAUAUCACUUUCUUUUUAACUUAGAGUAGUAUUAUUCUCUUUACACGAUUCGAUGUUAUUUAAUCGCAAAGGAAUGGAAAGAAAUUGUUGAAUAUGUGGUGAGAUAAAAAUUGUUUGUAACGGCUGGAUGUGGGCCAAUAAAAAAAUAUAAAAACGAA